UACUUUGGCUUCGUUUAUUUUUUGGGGGGGGGGGCUUUGUUUUGGAUUUCGUUGUCUCUGUAUUCCAUCAAUACAAGGCACUUCAAGUCCGCCCUGCUCCUCCGUCUUUUUGGGGUCCACCGGCACCACCGCGCAAAACGUGUCAACAUCAAAAGGGCGAUGCAGGGGGCAGGGCAGAGCACGCUUUGUAAUUGGCGGGGCGGGGGGGGCGGUCAGCACCGCGGACAGCGCCCUCUCAACAAGCCGACCUCCCCUCGGAAGGCUUCAUCUGCGCUCUCGACAGAAAAGAAAAUUCGAUUUGAAAAAAAAAGUCCCGCGUGCUCCGGCAGGAUGCCAGCAGGCUGGUUCCGGAAGUAGCUGCUCGGGCGAGCGACCAUUUGGAGGAGGGGAAGCGAGCGAGCGAGCAGCAUCCUGAACGGCAGCGUCGACGCUCCUGGCGUGGCGUUGUUGUCGCGGGACGCCGUCUUUCGAGGACGCCUUGGGUUCUUGUUGUUGUUGUUUUUUUUGGGGGGGGGGCGGUGCUGGGGCGUUGUUUCGUUUUUGUAUUUUCGUGGCCGCCCUUUCGCCUUCUUCCUCCUCGGAUGGCGGGCGGGGAGCAGCGCACACGAUCGUCUUUUGGGGAGGAGAUGGAGUGAGAAAGCGAGCGGCGGCGUUUGGGCCCGACUCUUUUGUUGUCCGGAGGGCGCUACGCGGCUCGCGAGCCCCGCUCGCUCGGGCCCGCCGGGCUCUUUCGUCGGAUGACGACCGCGGCCCGGGCUCGCAGAUGUGAGCGCGCAGAUGGCGUCGGCGUCGGCGUCGCUCGGUGUUCCGCUUCGGCCGGCGAGCGUGUCGGCUCGUCGUUCUCUCGCUUCGCCAUCGCCAUCGACGCCGCCGUCGCCAGCCGCUCGCCGCGCAUCGACGCCGGCCGUCUCGUUUUGCUCCGGGCUAUUUUUUUCGGACUUGCUUUUUUCUUGGGGGGAGCGGGAGGGGGGUCGAGGCCGAUGACAUGGCGAGCGCCCUGUGAGGGACGGACGCCGACUUUCGGCACGCGCACGCCAGCAGCGGCUCCUUUUUCGGCCGCCACCGAGCGCAGAGCGUAAACAGGCAUCGUAUGGGCGUGCGCGCGCGCGCGCGUAGCGGCCCAGCAACAUGUUCAAGUAUCGGAUCCGCAUGUUUCUCAACGAACUGAAAGUGCUGGUGUUGACGCGAUCCGAAUCGAGCCCGUCCGGCAACGGCGGCUCCUCCGAGCUCUCGGCGGCCGCCAUGCGCGGCUUGGGGGUGGGCAUGGGCAUGGGGGGCUGCGGCUGGCCGCCCUUCGUCGACUGCCGCUCGCGCAACGACGACGAGGACUACUACGGCAGCGGCGAGCCGCGGCCGCGCGGCCUGCGGGCCUCGGACGACAAGGAGCCCAAGGCGCAAGUGGGCAUGGACGCCGUCUCGCUCGCCAGCACCGCCAGCGGCCUGCGGAGCCCCCAGUGCAGGAUCUGCUUCCAAGGCCCCGAACAGGGCGAGCUGCUGAGCCCGUGCCGCUGCGACGGCUCGGUGCGCUGCACCCACCAGCCCUGCCUGAUCCGCUGGAUCAGCGAAAGGGGCUCCUGGAGCUGCGAACUCUGCUACUUCAAGUACCAGGUCCUGGCCAUCAGCACCAAGAACCCCCUGCAGUGGCAGGCCAUUUCUCUGACGGUGAUCGAGAAGGUGCAGAUCGCCGCCAUCGUCCUGGGCUCCCUGUUCCUCAUGGCCAGCAUCUCCUGGCUGGUCUGGUCCUCCUUCAGCCCCUCGGCCAAGUGGCAGCGGCAGGACCUGCUCUUCCAAAUCUGCUACGGCAUGUACGGCUUCAUGGACAUCGUCUGCAUAGGCCUCAUCAUCCACGAGGGCUCGUCGGUGUAUCGCAUCUUCAAGCGAUGGCAGGCCGUCAACCAGCAGUGGAAAGUGCUCAACUACGAGAAAUCCAAGGACCCCGGCGAGCCGCCGAGCCUGGGCGGCAAGGCGGGGGCCCGGGGCGCCCGCGGGGGGACCCCUCGCGUCCCGUCGGGCGGCGUCGCCUUGCGGGGCGGGAGGCUGAGAACUCUACUGAACCGCCAGUGCGGCUACACCGUCUUGCACAUCCUCGGCCGGCUGCGGCCGAGCCGCCCGCGCCUCGGCGCCGCCGCCAACCGGGAGGUGGUGAUGAGGGUCACCACCGUAUGAGACCUGGACCCCCCCGCCCCCGCCCGUUGUUCUCUUGUUUCCGACGACUCCAAAGGAGGCCGGAGGCGCCUUCCACGGAACGGAGUCGCGGCAACGGGACCAAAUACGUUGAGUCAAGGCUCAAGACUGUCGGGAUGCGCGCAGACAUUUCUCUUUGGCUUGGCGUCUCCUCUUCUGCUUCUCUUUUCUACUCCGACGUCGAUUUUGUACGGCGAAAGGAAGCGCGUCACCUUUGCCGACGCCGACGCCGCCGUGUCAAAUUCUUCAUGGGAACGGGCUUCCUUUUCACUGCCGACGGCGAGAGGAAAAAAAACCCUCCGCUAGAAAUGGACGAGACGUCAUCUCCCCCCGCAAUAAAUCCAUAUUGUGUACAUUUUUUGCAUGACUAUAUGCUUUGAUGGAUCACGUAACACCACCACCUAUUUGCUCUGUUUUCCAAUGGUGCUUGGCAAAAUAAACACUUUCAAAGCA